CUCCUGACGAUACACGACACAGAGAUGCCACAAUCGCAACCACAGCAGUCGGUCCUGAGGAAUAUUCCCAAAGUCGUUGUGCGGCCAGCAUGGGAUAACAUAGUCGCGGUGACGUAUCUCAUCAAGGGAAUCGUCUUCUUCAUAGCACACCCGUUCCUCUACCCGCUGCUUAAAGCUCGCCUGAUACCUGCAAUUUUGCUGAGUACCUUUAUACUCUCCAACCUGUUUAUCUGGACCUUCCUACCGCAGGUUGCAUUUCUGGCCUUGUUUCACAAAACGGGUAGUGCCUGGGUUAAUGGAACAUUCCUCGUUCUUGGAGAAGGCGCUGCGGUGGUAGCAAUCCUGUUUGAAUCCUUCCUAGUGGAUGAAUCCCAGGUCGACAUUUUUGACGCUGUUUUGAUAUAUAAAGGCUACGAAGACCUCGUGCGCCAACACCGACCCGUCGCCGAAGAUGCCUUGAACGACCCUGUCCGACGACUGGGUAAGCCUACACGAUCUUCGGUCUACGCACCGUUCUCCUUUCGCCAGAUCGCAGAAUUCAUCCUUCUGCUGCCAAUCAACUUCAUCCCAUAUGUCGGCGUGCCGGUAUUCCUGCUGUUGACAGGCUAUCGAGCGGGGCCUCUCCAACACUGGCGGUACUUUCAGCUGUUGGGAUACGAUCGGAAGCAGAGAAGUGCUGUCAUUGGGCGGCGACGGUGGCAGUAUACUUGGUACGGCACUGUAUAUCUGUUCCUGCAGCUGGUGCCGCCAUUCAGCAUGUUUUUCUUGCUCACGGCAAGUGUGAGCUCUGCUCUGUGGGCGGUGGAUCUGGAAAAGUUACGAAGGGACCAGGAAGCGAGGCUAAUCCAGGCUCCGCAGUACACUGAUGAGCCGGAUGCGACCGUUAUAGUGUAGAAACAAUGCAUAAGUUGAGACGUCAUGAAUGAAGAAGCGCAAUGUAGCAUUAGGUCUUGCGUGGUGCACUUUGUGGACGAAGCUGAUGCUACGCUCUGCAAGCGUCGGGCUGAUGGGGGAUUCAGAUGCAUCAACGGAACACAAGGAAAGCAAUGCGACAAGCCGUGAAGUACUCCAGGCUCC